AUGGUCCGCCUUAAAAAUCGAUAUCUUCUGUUAGACAUUCUCUAUCCAGAUCCGUUAACCUGGCCCUCAAAACCUACCACUGAAACCUCAGCGCAAUUAGCCAUCCAUGCUCCGACCUCUGAUGCGCUAACACCUGGACUGUUGGUUAAGAUGGUGCGUGAAGAGGUGGAAGAGCUAUAUGGUGACUGGGGAAUUGGCAAACUAGGAGGUGCAUCAGCUGGAGGAGUCAAUGUAAAAUAUCUCUCUCCGGCAACCUCAACGGCUAUCAUCCGCUGCCCUCGUGCUUCCUUCCGCAUCGUCUGGUCUGCGCUCACAUAUAUGUCCGCCGUACCAGAAACUGGCGGCGCAACAUCUGGCCAGAAACGACCGAAUGGAGGUCGAGAACGAGCAUGCGUAUUCCGCGUGUUACGGGUAUCAGGAACAAUGCGCAAGGCCGAAGAAGAGGCUAUUCGACGCGCAAGACAAGAGAUUGUACGAGUCAGAGGAGUACAAGAGAGCAGUGUUUUGGGGGAUCUGAUCGGAGGUGCUGAGAGCAGUGACAAGACCAAGGCCAUGAAUAUACCAGUGAUGCACAACAUCAUGGAUGAAAGUGAGGACGAGGGAAUGUUGAUUGAUGAUGAAGAUUACUGA